UUAGCUUGCAGGUCUCUAUUCCUGGCUGUUCAAAAUGCAGGCCCCAGACUAACAGUGGCAAGAUAAUGGGUUGAAAAGGUGAGGCUAUACGUUGUGCUCGCCAAUUAGACUAACGCAUAUGAAUAUGAUUUGCCAUAAAAAAUGAUGGAUGAAAGUGAAGAUGUGGUCGAAAAUCUGCUCACUGAGUAUGCCAUACAGCUUAGCAUUCAAGAAUCAAAUGCAGCCAAACCACGAAUGUCCAGCUUUAGUGACAGUUUUGUGCCACCUAGUGAAGAAAACAGGAAAAUUGUAACAGCCAUAAAGGAAGGUCAGAUAUUUGGGCUCCAAGAUCUUGUGAAAUGGAAAUAUGCUUUGGAUGAAGCUGAUGAAAGAGGAUGGUUUCCUCUGCACGAGGCUGCAGCUCAGCCAAUUCAGCAAAUAUUGGAAAUCAUUUUAGAUGCAUCGUAUAAAACAAUGUGGGAAUACAAAACAUCUGAUGGAGAAACACCACUAACUUUGGCAGCCAAAGCUGGCUUUGUGGAAAACGUCCGAGCGUUGCUGGAAAAAGGAGUUUGGCCCAACACCACAAAUGACAAAGGCGAGACUCCGCUCCUGAUUGCUGUAAGAAGUGGUUCUUUUGAAAUGGUCUCUACUCUGAUUAAACACAACUGCAGGAUCCACCAGCCAUGUGUAAAACGUUGGUCCGCAAUGCAUGAAGCUGCAAAACAGGGACGCAAAGAUAUUGUUUCUCUUCUUCUGAAGAACGGUGGAAAUGCGAACCUUAAGGAUGGGUAUGGAGUAACACCAUUAGGUGUUGCUGCUGAAUAUGGUCACUGCGAUGUGCUGGAGCAUCUCAUUCAUAAAGGUGGUGAUGUCCAGGCCUUAGCAGAUGAUGGUUCAUCAAUACUAUUUGAAGCGGCAGGAGGAGGAAAUCCAGACUGCAUAUCGCUUCUUCUGGAAUAUGGAGGAAGUGGCAACGUGCCCAAUAAGGCAGGACUGCUUCCCAUACAUAAGGCAGCUUAUGAGGGGCAUUACCUGGUCCUGAAGUAUCUCAUUCCAGUCACAUCCCAAACUGCAAUCCAGAAAAGUGGGAUAAGCCCUGUUCACUCAGCUGCAGAUGGCCAAAAUUCACAGUGCCUAGAGCUCCUUAUUGAAAGUGAUUUUGAUGUCAAUACUGUCUUGGAUGAUCACAUCUCAAAUAGUUAUGAUGAUGAAAGGAAAACUGCACUCUAUUUUGCUGUUUCUAACAAUGACAUUCUUUGCACUGAAAUAUUACUGAAAGCUGGUGCAAAUCCGAACAAGGAUCCUUUAAACUGUCUUCUUGUGGCAGUAAGAGGUGGUAACCACGAAAUAGUAAGGCUGCUUCUAUCUUAUGGAGCAAAUGUCAAUUGUUACUUUAUGAUGGUUAAUGAUACGCAUUUUCCCAGUGCCAUCCAGUAUGCCUUGAAUGAUGAGGUGAUGCUAAGGCUGUUACUGAAUCAUGGAUACAAUGUGGAGUUGUGUUUUGACUGUAUGCAUCAAGAUGUCUUCGGAAAUUCUUUUGUGUGGUCAACUCCAGAGGAAGAGAUUCUCCCAGGGUGGACUUCUUCUGUAAUAAGGGAUAAUCCAUUCUGUGACUUCAUCUCUGUUCCGUGGUUGAAACACUUAACAGGAAAAGUUGUUCGUAUUUUUAUAGAUUACAUGGAUUAUGUUCCACUAUGCACAAAAAUUAAGUUUGUUCUAGAAACACAGAAGGAAUGGGCAGAGAUACGUCAGAUAUUGGACAAUCCUCGCCCAUUGAAACAUCUGUGUCGCCUGAAGAUACGUAAACUCAUGGGGUUGUGGAGACUGCAGAAGCUGUCAUCCAUGAAGAAGUUUCCCCUUCCACCAGUUCUCCAGAACUACAUCCUAUAUAAAGAAUAUGAUCUGUAUGGAAAAGAGAUACAUUCAGAAUAGUUUUUAAUAACAACUGUGCACUAUUUUAAUUUCUUUUCUAUUUUCUACUGUCUGAAGAUUUGCUUGAUGAUUCUAUGAUUCUAUGUUUUAUAUAUGUUCACAACAUUCUGCUAUGUAUUGUAAUUAGUUCUUUGAUGGGCACAAAUUUUUCUUCAAACCUAGUAUGUUUUAACACAAGAUUGUACUUUUCAAAUCUAGGCUAAAAUCACAAUAAGAGCACUAUAAUAAUUAUGUAGAAAAGAAUCACUCUAAAUGGGAAUGUGGAUGAAUAAAAGACAAAAGAUUUUCCUGGUAGUCUUCCCUGUGAGGAUGAUAAAUGCACACUCAUCUUAGCUUGUGGCAUGAGUUCAUGUAGAAAAGAGAAGAAAUGCCUAAUUUAACUUGGUAAGGAAAAUGAAACCUCUAAAUGCAGUUCUCUGACAUGUAAUUGGCAGGAAAUACAGCACAUUUCGUAUCUGGAAAAUCAUUAUUCUAUUAUAAAAUUCCCCAAACACUUCAAAGAGUCUUUUUAGCUAUUUUUACCAAUCAGUGUUCCCAGGUACAUCUACUUGUCAGUACAGUAUGUCAGCAUAGAAAGUUUUAAUGCCCAGCAAAGAUUGAGGGACAUCAGGCUUCUUUAGAAAAAGAGUAGAUUCUGACUGGCAAACCAAGCAGGAAAUCAAGUAGCUUUUCCCCUUAGUUGAGAAAUGGUACAAUAUCAUAAUUUAAUCAUGAUUCCUACAGAGAUUUGUCAGUUCAUUUCUCAACCAGACUAAACAAGACCCUUAGUCACAUACUGCGAUAUACUUGGCAGCAUGUUUCUGUGCGUGCCCAGAAUAAAACACAUCUGACUAAAUAUCCUUUAUAUUAUUCCAUUAAAAGUGGAUUCACUUGUUCUUUUGCUACACAUACACACACACACAAGAUCAGCCGAAGCAUCCUUCUGCCCCAUUCCUUAGGCUGGCAUUCCAUGUUCUCCAGAGUGUGUGCUUGGCGUAUGUAACUUAACACCUCAAUCAGAAUUGAAAAAUUCCCCUCCCCAAAGCAGAUGUAUCAGUCAUUUGUGGGUCUGUCCUUUCUCACAAUAUAUUUACAGGAUAAAAUGGAAGAAGUGAAGAUUAUUGGUCAAGGACAUGAAGAGUGUUAUGAAAGAAGGCUUAGUUGUUGCUUCUGCUCUCACUAGAGCUAAUCCUCAUCUGAAUUUCCAAGACCCAUCCUCUGUUGCUUUGCCAGACAUUUUUACUAGGAUAAAGAGAAAGAAUUUGGUUAUUUGUGUGAAAUCUCUUGGUAUCUGGCAGACACACUGAGUCACUGCCAGCAGGAUGUCCCAGGUGGUGGAUGGCUCCACACAUGGCCUAAGGCUGAACGCGCAGUGAAACCAACAUGGCUGUCCGCAGGCAGGGCUCCCCAGGCCAACUCAUCUUGGGCACACCGAUCUAUGAGCUGGUUUCACUGUGUGGGGAUUUCUAAACAGAAAUAAGGGCUUAAUAAGACUUAAAUAGUGGUAGUUUCUGAGAAUCCAGUGACCACAACGUGCGGAUCUGAACGGUCACAUAUUUGAUACUGUACACUGCAACCAGUGAAGGAAACAUGAUCAAAUGAGCUUUAGAUGAGAGGCUUAAGACCCCUUCUGUGGUGAGAGCCAAAUUCCAUUAGUAAUUCUAGUUCAUAGACCAAGGUUUAUAUUUAGGGCUCUAUACACGCCUCAGGCAAUAGUUACACUGCCUCUGGCAUCAGAGCAUUCAGCUCUAGGGCAAAGUAUUGCCUGAAAUGUUUAAAAUAUCAUGGACUGCUCCAUAAAAUAUCAUUAGGUAAGAUAAAAGACCUUAUUGUGCUUAUCUUAUUAACGAUAUAUCUGGGCCAUUUUUGUUAUUUGUCAUCCUGUUGCCACAAUACUGUGGCAUAAUCCUGUGUUAAAGUUUUUCUUUCCCUCAACAUUGAAGAUGCCAAUUUAUCAAAGACUUCCCCCUCCCCUCAGCUCUUAAAGGAGAUUUAACAUUAUAGCAAAGUAUCUGGAAUGCCUCCAAGGUGCCUGUGGUCUGAAUGGAGAAGCAAGGGGCAAAACUGUGUUUUAAAUGGAAUAUGAGAAGAGAUAUAUGGAUACAGAAAGGAAACUAUUUAGUUUGUGCCAUGCUUUUGGCAAGUUAGGAAUUGAACACAAGCCUUUUGAUUCCCAUGUUUUAGAUCGAGAGCACUGAACGUUUGUGGGGUUGAAUAUGUGCUAGUGAGAGCAGGAAAUGUGUGAAGAGAAGUGAGGGCAGCAGCCCCAGCUGAGAGAAGAGAUUGCUAAGAAAAAACAACUCCUUUUCCUCUCUAUUUGAAUACUGAUUGAACCUUUGUAAAGCUGGAUUUUCAUUUUCUCUGCUAUAUGGAUGUGUCUUAUUGGGUGUUCCAUCCCAAUCCAAUUCCAUAGCAUGUCUACCCUAUGGGCAACACUGGCUAGACAUAAAUAAAUGUCCUGGCUUUGAUUCAGGCAUGCUCUGGGGUAGGGACUCUGAUCAGUUGGGGCAAUGCAUGAAAUUAGUGAUAUCAUUUGGGCUCUGUUUCUCUUAAAAUCUGACAGAAACAGCUGCACCAGGCUGAUAAGAUCUCUGAGGAGCCAGGCAUUCAACUGCGGUUACAUCAGCCUUUCCAGCACCAGUGAGAUGGACUUUGUAGCUGUGUUUUCAUAGCUUGGUGUAGGACCAAACCACAGCCAUGAGUUAUAGGACUAGCUAUUGCCUUUAGAGCCCGUAAUGUUGCUUAUGCCUUCUGUAAAACUUCCAUGCACUGGCUACCAUCUAAUCUUGGAUGCUGGCAGGGCAGAUCCUUGCUCUGCAUAUCAAGUGGGGGACAGUUUUACUGUUUCUGUGCAGGUGUCAGUGUUCUGGCUUGGGCUCUCCGUGCCUGAGCUGCCUUUACUCAGAUCAUUUCUGAUAGCAUGCAAGCCAUGCAUGGAGAAACUGUCACAAUGUAGUGCUCUUCUGUGUCUACCUUUGGUUAGGUAAAGGGAUUUUCCUAACCCUGAUUUGAGAUAGAAAAAGGCUUCUAAAAUAGCCAACCACUUAGCUAUGGUUUGCAUGGGAGAAAAGUGGUGUAAACUCAUGAGCGCGUAUCUCUGUAGUAGAACAGGUCUCACCUCUUUAGGUUUUUCCAGAACUCCUUUUAAUAUGAACCUGGUCAUCAGUCUCUUUACCUCUGUCUUCUUCUGUGUAGCCAGCUUUACCUCUCUGCUGUACUCAGCCACAACUAUAGUCUGCCUGUUGAGUCAGUCCAUUUAAAGCCUUCUUCCCACCUUCUUAUUUUGUUAUUCAUAUGAGCCUUAGCUCUGAUAGAUCUUUGCUCAAGAAGUUGAUAUUAGGAAAAGUAAUACCAGCCAAAGUAAAUUUCAGCCUUAAUGGCUCUAUUCUGUCUUAUUCUCUGCCUUCCUUUCCACUGGAAAUCAUUUGUUUAGGAUGCAGGAAUUAAAACUGGAAUGUUGUCAUCCAAGUUUUCUACCCUUCGGAGUCUUUUUUUGCACCUAGAGAUAACGAUCUUGAUUAAAAAACACACCCUCUGUCUCCAAAUGCUCAGAACAGUCUUCAAAGAAAUCCAUUCUAAUCCUUUACCAGGACAAAUGCUGAACAGAUCGGAAAGAAGCAAAUGGGCAACUGCACCAAAUUACUGUUUAAAUAUUUAAAGGUACAUAUUGCAAUGGGAAACAUUUUCUCUCUGAGUUAUUCCCUUAAGUGUCACUCACAUCAGCAAAAGAGGUACUUAGAUUAGGGGGAAUAUUCCCCGGGUAACUUACGUUUUGUGAUUUUCCUGAAAAGCUGGAAAAAUGCAUGGUUAGUAGCUAAAAGGCUGAUAUGGUAUUGUGGCUCUGGUGACAUGUACAGAGUAUUUAAUUUCAUUUUCAGAGUCCACAUUUUCAGUAGAAAUCUCUACAGUUGAUCAAGUCUUAAUGCAAAGCCAAUGACUUCUCAGUGACACUGCAUAUUGUGUGCAUGGUAGACACGGUGCCCGGAACUCCUAACGUCAUUAAUAUGGCCUAUUUAAAAAUAGACAUAAAUAAAGAGAAUAAAAAAGAGAAUUUACUUCCUA